AUGGCCUUUGCAGCUUCCCUGGCCAAGCUCCAGGAAGAGGCCAGCUGUUCCAUCUGCCUGGAUUACCUGGGAGACCCAGUGACCGCUGAGUGUGGGCACAACUUCUGUUCCUCCUGCAUCCACCAGCGCUGGGACCAUCUACAGAGCACCUUUCCCUGUCCUGUCUGCCUCCACCACUGCCCUGACAGGAGCUUGAAGAGGAACACCCAAUUAUGUCACAUGACUGAGAUUGUUCCGCAGAUUCCCACCUCCGGGAGCCAGAGGAAAAUGCAGGAAGAAAUACCCCUGUGUGCGAAGCACAAUGAGGUUCUGACCCUGUUCUGUGAGAAAAGCCUGGAGCUGCUGUGUCCCCAGUGCAGCAGCUGUUGUGCCCAGUGCAGUGUCUCCUCUGAUCACGGGGAUCACCCCCUGAUGCCCACUGAAGAAGCUGCAGGUACUCACAGGAGGAAGCUCAAGAGCUAUAUCAAGUCCUUCAGCAAGCAGAUUAAAGAUACUGAAAAUCGGUCAGAAAUGCAAGUGUCAAAAUGUUUUGAAGUGAGACAGAGGAUAGAAAAUGUAAAGGAUGAAUUGGACUCUGAAGUUAAACAACUUAAAAAUUUUUUGGAAAAGGAACAGAAUGCAAUGCUUAUCAGUUUGCUAACUGAAACAACAAAUGUUGAAGAAAAAUUAAUGGAAGAGAAAAACCAAAUAUCAAACCACAGCUCCAUAUUAAACAGUCGGGUUAGUGAUAUUAUCAGUAAGUGUUUGCAGACAGACAUGGAGUUACUCACUGGUAUUGAAAGUAUCCAAAACAAGUAUGAUAAUCUAGAGCCCCCGGCCACCUUUUUAUAUGAAUUAAAGAAGGAGAGUUGUUCUCUCCCCCCACAUUAUUUGGGCCUGCAUAAAAUGAUCCACACAUUUCAGGUAGAUUUGACACUGGAUCCUGAAACAGCCCAUCCAUGUCUCAUUAUCUCAAGAGAUAGAAAAAGUGUGACCUAUAGGACAGCAUUUGGUCUUCGUAAUCUUCACGGACGCACUUCAUACCCAGCUGUCCUGCGUUCUGAGGGAUUCGAUGCUGGCAGGCAUUUUUGGCAGGUAGAAGUGAGAGGCACAGGGCCAUGGUCCUUAGGCGUGUGUAAGGAAUCUUUCCCCAAGAAUGCUCCUAUGCCACCAUCCCCAAGAAAUGGCUGCUGGCAGUUUCAGUUCUGGGCAAAUACAUCUGACACAUGGGAUUCAGGCAACUGGGAACGGAUAGGCAUUUUUCUGGACUAUGAGUUGGGAGAAGUUUCAUUUUAUAAUUUGAGAAAUAGAUCACAUUUGUAUACUUUCAGUGAAAGGUUUACAGUAAAACUUAUGCCCUAUUUCUGCAUAGGACUUUUUACAAAAUCACUUGAAAUGCGUAUAGUCAAAGAUGAAAGAUGAACCACCUUGCAAUCUGUUUGAUGCGUUCUACUCUUCCUGUUAAUAGAGAGUGCUUGUAAU